AUGGUAGCAAUGGUAGUAGAAACCGAACCCGAAAUACGAGAUGAAAAUCGGCCGCGAGGGGAAGAUGACAGGGAGGAAGCCAUGGCCAAACCUCCGCCAAUGAAAAGAGGGUUCCAAUUCUGGACCAUUAUCUUUGCCCUCUGUGUGACCGGUCUCCUGGGGGCACUUGAGAAUACGGUGGUUUCGACUUCAAUGCCAACAAUCGUGGCGGACCUGAACAUUGGAGACAACUAUAUCUGGAUCACGAAUGCCUUUUUCCUCACCAGUGCAGCGGUUCAGCCCCUAUUUGGCCAGCUAGCCAAUGUCUUUGGUCGUCGAUGGUUAACAAUAUUCAUCGUCGCCAUCUUCACCCUGGGAAGCGGCGUCUGUGGUGGUGCAAAUGGCGCGAACAUGCUCAUCGUGGGACGCGCCAUUCAAGGAGUUGGAAGUGGGGGCAUCAACAUGAUCGUCGAUGUGAUUAUAUCGGAUCUGGUUCCAUUGCGUGAGCGCGGAAAUUUCAUCGCCAUCGUGCUCACCGUCUACGCUAUUGGCAGCUCGAUGGGUCCCUUCGUAGGUGGAAUCAUUGUCCAACGAACUACUUGGAGAUGGGUAUUCUACAUAAACCUGCCCGUUGGCGGGUUUUCGCUGGUGCUGCUGUUCCUGUUUCUACACACUGAAUACCAGCGCGACACCACAUUUUCCCAGAAAAUCAAGCGCAUCGACUAUAUCGGAAAUUUCCUCAUUAUGGGAGCUACGGCAGCAGUGCUCUGCGCAUUGACAUACGGGGGCUCACGCUAUGCAUGGAGCUCGUGGCGGAUCGUCGUGCCGUUGGUGCUGGGACUUGCUGGUCUGGUUAUAUUUAUGGUAUUCGAACAGUCCAAGUUCUCUCGCGAGCCCGUGGUGCCACCGCGCCUAUUCAAAAAUCGAACCUCACUCGUGGUCUUUAUCAACACAUUCCUGUUCACGGUUCUUCUCUACUGGGUGCUAUUCUUCAUUCCGGUUUACUUCCAGGCCAUUUUAGGGUCUUCGCCAGCCCGAGCAGGCGUUCAAAUGCUGCCUAUGACCCUCGUUGCGGUUCCGGGCGCCGCCAUUGCAGUUGUAGUUCUCUCCAGGUUUGGAAAGUACAAAGCCCUUCACUUGGCAGGUUUUGUCAUCCUCACUUUGGGUAUGGGCCUGUUUGCCCACCUCGACCGAUACUCCUCCGAUGCAGAGUGGAUCGUUUUUCAAGUCAUCGCCGCACUUGGAUCUGGAAUGAUCCUGAACACUUUGCUCCCUGCCUUCCAGGCCCCGCUGGCCGAGUUGGACCAAGCGGCAGCCACGGCAACCUGGUCAUUUAUGCGGAGCUUCGGCAAUGUAUGGGGUGUGGCUAUUCCCGCUAGUAUCUUCAACAAUCAGUUUAAUAGAUAUGCCUAUCGUAUUUCAGAUGCUAAUGUGCGGGAAAUACUUUCCAAUGGUCACGCCUACCAGCACGCAUCCAACACGUUCAUUAACAGCUUAAGUGACCCAGUGAAAAACGAAGUUAUUGAGGUAUUUUCUGACUCCCUUAAGCUUGUCUGGGAGGUAUCAGUUGUUUUCUGCGGUCUUGCUUGUAUAUUGGUGUUUUUCGAAAAGGAUGUGCCUUUGCGAAAGGAGCUUGAGACAGAUUAUGGCAUGACGGAAAAGGGCAAUAUUCAGACAAAGAAAGUGGCUGUUUCUGAUGCUAAAGAGGCAAGCUCAGACACAUCGCAGGCUUAA